AUGGUAUGUGUCUCACUCAGAUCAUCCACGACAUUGUAUGUGGUGAAAUGGUGGGGGGUUCAUCGCUAUUCCGUCAACAACCUCCACCCGGUCGAUUCCAGCGAUCCGCUUCAUUCCGUUCACCGUUCAAUCUCAUCGCCGUCACCAUCCGUCCACUCCACUCCACCACUCACAAAAUGGAUCCCUAGAAUCCCUGGCCCUGCCGCCCGCCAACCUCCCAAGGCCGCCAGCGUAUGCGCGGCCAGUCCUGAUCGACACGACACGUACCUCCCCUCUCGCGCCAUCGAGCAAGGCGACGCCAGCAUGGUCUAUUACCGACCGGCACCGAUCGGCGCCGACCUGCGAUACGGGUUCGAGCGGCGCGUGGAGCGUGACGAAAGCGUGGAGGAACAUCUGGAUGGACUGUGCGACGCUCUGAGAGUGUUGCAUGAGGGUGGGCGAGGGGCCGAGAGGCUCGGAGGUGUGGUUACCUGGCGCGGGAUGAUGACGAGGAUCAUGACGGCCCCAUUCGAGGACCGCGAUGGUUGGGAGAUGAACUGCGUGCCCCUUGGCGGCUCGAUUUACCUCGAACUGGACGACCCUCCCGAGAAGCGCAGCUAUCGGGCAAAAGAUUCGGCCAAAUGGGCUCUCCAGAGCUAUAUGGGUUACUCUUACGAAAGCUUCUCAACUACCACGCCUGAAGGGGAUCCCGAAGACUCGCCAGAGGGAUGGAGCGGAGACGUGAACACCAAUGUGCAGUGGUGCAACAUCGUCCGCUCGGCGAUUGGCGAGAUUCCUCUCUGUCUCGGUGGCGAGGUGGACUGUGUUCAAGCCGAAGUGGGAGCGCCAAACCCAGGUCUCGACGCGUGUGUCGAACUCAAGACCAAUAAGGUCAUUGACAGCGACCGCGCCGACAUGGUCUUCCAUAAGAAGUUGCUCAAGCACUGGGCACAGAGCUUCCUCUUGGGCGUGCCGACUGUCGAGCUUGGAUUCCGAACCGAGGAAGGCAUCAUCGCCGAGCGCCACCUGUUCGAGACUGAGCGUAUACCCGCACUGGUCGCGUCGGGCCCACGGCCAGCAUGGUAUCCGACCCCAUGCCUGCACUUCUUGCACGCCGUCCUCGGCCUCUUGGUCCGUCACUUGCUCCCUGCAGACCCACGUCCACCAGGCGCGCCUCCCGUGUACGCGAGUGAAGGCAAUCUCCCGCCAGCACCGACUUUUAGGCUGAGGUUCACUCCGCGUCGUGGCGUAGAGUUGUUCCGCCUGCCCAGCGUGAACAGCGAGCGGUGGGGCGGUAUCCUGACCGAGGACUAUACGCGCCAUGUGCUGGAGCGUGAUGCAUAG